UAUGAGCGUCCUGGGCGGAGUUUUGCAUGCGGAAUCAUCUCAUAUGGCUGUACGCGCUCCCGUCUCAUGAAAGGCGGAAGUGACGACGCGGUGUAGGGCCCCGGAGAUCCAUCAGCUCCCCCUUCCUCCCCGGCGUUCAUUGGGGGGCGCCGAGGUGUUAUACGGUAUCCGCAUACUCCGUGUCCUCGUUCACCAUGGCGACCAAUCUACGGAAAGGCGGCGGGCUGAUCGGGCUGGUAAAAGACGCCUUCCAACCACACCACCACCACCCCGCAGCUCAGCCCGGGGCAGUGGAUCGGAAGACUGUGGAGAAAUGCUGGAAGCUUAUGGACAAGGUUGUUCGUUUGUGCCAGAACCAAAGGCUUGCUUUAAAAAACAGCCCUCCCUAUAUACUGGACCUUUUGCCUGACACCUACCAGCACCUCCGUACGAUAAUGUCUCGUUAUGAGGGAAAGAUGGAGACUCUUGGAGAAAAUGAAUAUUUUCGAGUUUUUAUGGAGAACCUUUUGAAGAAGACAAAGCAGACAAUUAGCCUGUUCAAGGAAGGCAAAGAACGCAUGUAUGAGGAGAAUUCCCAACCAAGACGCAACCUUACCAAAUUGUCUCUCAUCUUCAGUCACAUGCUUGCAGAGCUUAAAGGAAUAUUUCCUAGUGGAUUGUUCCAGGGGGAUUCUUUCCGGAUCACAAAGGCAGAUGCUGCUGACUUCUGGAGGAAAGUCUUUGGAGAGAAAACUAUUGUCCCUUGGAAGAGUUUCCGUCAUGCCCUGCACGAUGUCCAUCCUUUAUCCUCUGGACUAGAAGCCAUGGCACUAAAAUCCACCAUUGAUCUCACCUGUAAUGAUUAUAUCUCUGUUUUUGAGUUUGACAUCUUCACUCGGCUUUUUCAGCCAUGGUCUUCCCUCCUCAGGAACUGGAAUAGUCUGGCUGUGACUCAUCCUGGUUACAUGGCCUUCUUAACUUACGAUGAGGUGAAAGCGCGUCUUCAGAAAUUCAUUCACAAGCCUGGAAGUUACAUUUUCCGCCUGAGCUGCACAAGACUUGGUCAGUGGGCAAUCGGAUAUGUUACAGGGGAUGGUAAUAUUUUGCAGACAAUUCCACACAACAAACCACUUUUCCAGGCUCUGAUUGAUGGAUUCCGGGAAGGAUUUUAUCUUUUUCCUGAUGGCCGUAACCAAAACCCAGACCUGACAGGUCUUUGUGAACCCACCCCUCAGGACCACAUCAAAGUUACUCAGGAGCAGUAUGAGCUGUAUUGUGAAAUGGGCUCCACCUUCCAGCUCUGCAAGAUAUGUGCUGAAAAUGAUAAAGAUGUUAAGAUUGAACCCUGUGGACAUCUGAUGUGCACAUCAUGCCUCACUUCCUGGCAGGAGUCGGAGGGACAAGGCUGCCCGUUCUGCCGCUGUGAAAUUAAAGGAACUGAACCAAUUGUAGUGGAUCCCUUUGACCCAAGAGGUGGCGGUAUGGCAGAAAUGUUGCGACACUGUCUUGAUGGCGCACCUUCCCCGUGUUAUGACGAUGAUGACGAGGACAGUGGAAAUGAUUCUCUAUUCAUGUUAGCUGGGGCCAAGGUUGAGAGACCCCCAUCGCCUUUGUCUGUUGCCCCACAAACUGCCCUACCACCUGUUCCGCCUCGUUUAGAUUUGCUGCAACAAAGAACCCCAAAUUCCCCAGGUGCUUGUAGCCCGUCAGUCAGCUGUAAGGUUUCUAGUAGUUUACAUCACAAAGACAAACCAUUGCCUGUCCCCCCAACACUUCGAGACCUCCCACCUCCUCCACCCCCAGACAGACCACAUUCAAUGGUGGGGGACAACCGUCCCCAGAGGAGACCUCUUCCUUCCACCCCUUCAGAAAAGCCACUUUUAUUUUCCUCAAGCCGUCCUGCAGACCCUUGGCAUGUGCGUUCUGUACCCAAAGCUCCAACACCCAAUCUUACUCCUAGUGAUCCAUGGGCAGGAGGAAAGGAUCUUCCUAACAGAAACUCCCUGCCCUUCACGUUGCCUUCACAUGUAGAGGAGAAAAGGGACUGCCAUGGUAGCACACAGAGCUUGGACAGCACGGGUACAAGUGCUGGUGCAGAGCUGUUGACAGGACUUGAUGUGGAUGAUCCCAAAGUGAAGCCCUCCUCUUCUGCAAAUGCAAUCUACUCUUUGGCCUCCAGGCCAUUCCCGGUGCCAAAACCUCCUUUGGGGGAUGACUCUGAAAGUAUUGAUGACUCUGAAUAUAUGUGCCCCUCCUCUCGACCUGUAAUUCCACCUGUGGUACCCCAAAUGGAGACAAAAUGGUCAGUCGAAACAGCUCCUCCUGGCAUGUGGCCGAGUGAACCACAGGAUGAAAGAGAGUCGUAUGAGACUAUGUACAACAUCCAAUGCCAAGCUGCACCACUCGUCAUGGAGCUAGGGAUAGAGGGAGAGGAGUUUUCUGUCAUAUUCAACAAUGGGCCUAAUGAUGAAGAUGAAGAUGUUGACGACAAUGGUUAUGAUAUUCCAAAGCCCCAUUUGCCAGUGACUCCAACCCGUCGCACACUUUCUGAUAUCUCUAAUGCCGCACCUGCCUUUACUUCCAUGACCAUCAGCAGAGAUUCUGGAGCAGCAGCCCUGGAGUCUACAAUCCCAGAGCGUCCACCAAAGCCUUUUCCCAGGAGGAUGAACUCUGAACGCCGCCCUGCACCUGCUGGAGAUGGUGCUGCUUCUCUGCUCUCCAGUGAGAUAGAGAGUUUGUUGAGCCAGGGCUACUCACAACAGGAUGUGAAUAAAGCCUUGCUCAUAGCCCAUAACAACAUUGAAAUGGCCCGCAAUAUCCUGCGUGAAUUUGUAGCUAUCCCUGCUCCACCUCAUCUAGCUACAUAGCAGUUGGAUCCACAAAUACUCCUGCACACGAGAAGAGUAAUAAAGAGUGCAACUCUGACCCUUCAGCUCAAGUGCAGCAGGGAGCAGCUACGGGACCAGUAGGGGUAAUUGUUGGUACUGGAUAAAUGGAGGAAGAUCUCCAUACCCCACCCCCAACUGGAAGUAAACAGGGUACAGGCUCUAGCCUGCCCACUGUCAAGCAGCAUUACAAAUCAGGUGAUUCCUAACCAAUCAGAAUGCACUGUUCCUUAAAGCGAUGUUCCCCUUUCCUUUAUGCCAUCUUGAUGACUACCUUGCUGACAAUGCAGAUGUGAAGCUCUGAUUGGCUUGGGUUAUAAUGGAUACACUGAAUAUUUCUUCUGCACACCAACUCAAUUUUAAUUUAACUGCCUGUCACUAUAGGUCCUUUGAGUUUUUUGCAUACAGCAAUUGAGGUGACGAUAGGAGAGAUGUUUGCGUCUUGUUCUUCAGUGUUAUUUAAUGUACUUUAUUGCCACCUUCCAUAGGUGAAAAAUGGGGGACCUCAGUGAAAUGAGUUGCCUUAGUAUAAAACCUAGUUGAAAGGGUGACAUUAUGGGUAUUGGUUAAAAUUACGUAUUUUGCAGUGUAUAUCUCUUCCCAUUGUAUUGGUUAAAUGUUUGUUAAUCCUGUGAUAAGUCAUAAAGGGAUUCCAGUA